AUGAUGCGGUAUGGUAUGCCGCCACAAUGUAAAUUUGUCUUCGAGUGCACCUAUCAACCUCUAAAUCAUGAUGAGGAGCGGGCUCGGGUCCGCAUGUCGCUGCAGACCAUUCGAGGAACGAAAUUGAGGGAUGCUCUAAAGGAUUGUCUCAAAAAAUACGCAUUGUUUCCGGAAGCGGACUGGAAAAAUGCGGUUUUUAUCAAGGAGGGGUCUCAACUGUAUGGACAACGUCAAAUGGUCAAUGACGUCUAUUGUGAGGUGUAUGUCAAGGAAAGAGUGAGUUUUUCUGAUUCCUGUUUUCUUCUUCUACGUUUAGAUGGCAAAUUCAAGGGGAAUUGAGUUGGUUUUUGCUACGAAACAAACAAAUUUCUGUUUCGGCCAUGUGCAAUAUAAAAUUUGACGAAAUUUUAAUAAUAUAAUUUAGAAAAAAGUGCCCAAGAGGAGGUUGUUUGACGACAAUGGAGAACCACUCACUGAAAGAGCAUUCUUUCAAUCGUCGGACGAAGAGGACGAUGAUAAGUAAGAGAUUUUUUAUAUUAUUAUUGUUCGAAAUUUAGUUUACUCCCCAGCUUCGCCCGUCCCGGGCCGUCGGAAGAGAUUGCGGAGGAGAUGCGGAAGGUCUCCAACAUUUAUCGCGUCCAAAAGGACUAUUUUCCGGACGGCUCAUACAGCGAGCAUUUGAUUCGCUCGUGUCGGCGGCUGUUCCAGCUCAAAAAAUCCGAACCUCCAUGUCCGAAACACCUCCUCGUCACUUAUGGACUUGCGAACUGGGUGGAGCCGGAUCCGGACGAGGAGCGCUGCAACGACAGCAGGAGGGUGGUGUUCAGGAAGACCAUUGAUUGUCAGAUUUCUCCAAGUCCGGGAGGAUAUGUCUCGAUGAACAAUGGAAGAAAUGUCGGAUACAGUGGAUGGAGUCAGAAUAGCCAAAUUUUGCCGCAGAGACAUGUACAAAAGACUGAGCCCCUCCCCAAACCCGUGAUUCAAACUGGUCCAACUACUAAAACACUAAAUAAAAGGGAGAUCAAAGCCUCGAAAUUGACGUAUCUGGAUGAUUCCGAAGCCAAGCGACGGGAAAUGGCACGGAGAAUUGCGAUGAGAAGAAAGAAGGAAGAGGAGAAAGAGGUUGCUUUGAAGGUGAAGGAAAAAGCUCUUCACAAAGCCUCCAGUCCAUGGAAAAAUACGAAAGAUACCAUCCAGGCAACCCGAAGGGAACUUGAAUUAAGCAGUAAGUAGUUUAAAAUUGAAUUUUAUGUGUUUAGGUUGAAUGGAACAUCAAUUUUUGAGUUUUGGAGAGAUCAAUUAUAUUGUCCAUGGCAAAAUUGAUGCUUUUCGGAAAUUAAAUCUUGCAAAAGUUUGUUAGAUAGACUCUAAAUAGCAGUGAAAUUGUUUGCCAGAGAUUUUUCAUACAUCAGACAAUCUGUUUGAUCAGUUUUGAAGAAAUAUUUAUAUUAUCCAUGACGACUUUGAACUUUUAAAAAUUUUCAUGGCUUUUGACCUCAUCCUUAGAUUGAUUAGACGCUAAAAUCUUCUCAAGUAUCACGGUUAAGUUUUUAUUAGCAUUAGAAUCGAUUUUUAUGGAGUUCUGAGAAUUUUUUAUAUUAUCCAUGAUGACCUUUAACAUAACAAAAUUUUUGACGAUAUUAGUCUCAAAAUCGAUGGAAAAGACUCUUAAUAUAUUGAGGAUUGUUUGCUAAAAAUUUCUGUUGUGUAGUUUAAACCUUGGCUGAGCUGUGGCCAUUUUCUUAUAUUACCCAUGAGGCUUUUGAAGGAUUUUGAAAAAAUUGAUAUAAAUCUUUAUAAAUCUGGAUUUUUUGAGGCUGGAAAUGAAGGCUACUGACAUUCUUCUCCUUUUAGUUGGAUUUUUCUCAAGUUUCAAUUAUUUUUUAGACGAGGAUGAGGAGGAUAUUGAAGAAGAGAUCAGCUCGAUUGUGGUGGAAAAACGAGUCCGUUUCCUCUUGAAUUUCAUCAGCAUAGAGAACAAGGAUCCCGUCAUCAAAGAGCUGAACGACAUCCUCAACGAACACGACGACGAGGAGUUCAUUGACGACGUUUUUCGCCCGAUUCUCUUCGACCAUCUGGUUUUUGGGCGCAGAAAUCGAAUUGUGUUCUCACACCUGUUCCCCACACUCCCCGAACGCAUCAGAUAUCAAGUUUGUGAGGAUGUGAUUCAGGCCUUCAAGUUUGGCCACAACCCGCUGGACAUUCAGAUCCAGCUCAUGAAGGAAUCGACCUUGACCUUGAGCAACGACAGAGAGAAGCGAAUGGCCAAACGGACGGUCGAAUUUUUGGAGGCAAAGCGGAAACGAAUGGUCGUGGAGAACUUGAGGUGCGAUUUGGAAGGGGAUUUGCGAGAAAUUUUUGAGUUUUUUGGCGAGAAAUUGAAUUUUUUUGAAAUUUUUGAGGUUAAGAAAAAAAAUUUUUUUUGGUAGUGUUGUAGUAGGUCGGAGUGAUGUAGAAUGGAAGAACAGGGAUGAGAUUUUAAUUUUGCGGGGUUUUGGCUAUUUUUUGGGGGAAAAGUUUGAGUUUUGAACAAAUAUUUAUAUUAUCCAUGAGAAUUUUUUCAAAUAUUUUGGUCAAUUUUUGUGAUUUUUUAAUGCUUUUGGACUUGAAAUGACUGGAAUAGAAGGUAGAUUGAUUUAGAGGGCAUUUGAAGUUUGGUUUGAGAUUUUUUGGGCAUCUUUUUAUAUUAUCCAUGACAAAAAUGGGUGUUUUGGCUGAAAAAAUGAUAUUUUUCGCCGAUUUUUGUUGAUUAAACUCUAUGAAAUUUAUUUUCAGACUAAUUUCGGACUUUUUCCUCUAUGAUCUGUUCGACGCGAGCCUGAUCGAGGACAUUUUGUCCAGCGUGAUUGACCAAAUGAUAAACGGCGGAAUCGACCGGGUCCUCGACCACGCCGCCGACCUGAUCCACCGAAUCGGCGAGAAGUACAUAACCGAAACCCCGGAGCUAAUGCGGCAAUUCACUGACGUCCUGCGGCGGCGAAUGCAGAACGGCCAAUUGAAACAACUGGACACACGCGCAGCCAAGCGAAUUUUCCGAAUUGCGGAAGAAUUUGAAACGGAAGAAGUGAAGAAAAGGCUCCGAGAAGAGUCGGACUACUGUGUAGAAGAGAAGAAGCCAAUAAUUUUGAAGGUGGAACGGGAAAUUACCCAAAUUUCCCCCGAUAUUACACAUGAGGUGGACCAUGAAGAAAAAGUAGAAGAAAAUAAUGAUGUUUUAUGCGAUUUUGACGAGGAAUUUGAACAAGAGAUUGCCAAGGUAGCUGGUUUUUAUGUGGUUACUUUUUUUGGAAAAUUUUUUGGGGAAAAGUUUGAGUUUUGAGCGAUUUUUUGAAAAGGGGCGGAGCUUACGAUUCGUUAGAGAGAAGUGGGCGGAGCUUGGAGUUUGAAGUUUAAAAUGGGGGUUUUAUGGCAUCUUUUGGAAAGAUUAAUGGCAUUGAAGGCUUGAGGACAUCAGAUUUGAGAUUUUGAGGGUUUUUGAAAAUUUUUGAAAUUUGAAUUUCCCGCCAAAAUUUGAAUUUUUUUAUUUUUUGAAAUUUUUGUCAGAGACUGGGAAGGAGCGGAGUAGAUGGAAAGUUGUGAAUUAAAAAGCGUCUUUUUAAGAUUUCUAGUGGUUUUUACGCAAGUUUUUUGAAGAUUUUAUUGUUUUUUAUUGAGAUUUUUUUAGAUUUUUUUUUGAAAAACGUUUAUUUUUGUGUAGAUUUUUUUCUUUGCUGUUGGUUUAAAAUUAAAUUGGAGGGAGUUUACGAAUGAUUGGGAUUUUAGGAAAUUUUACUUUGUGUUUUUUCGAAAUUUUUUAAUUUUCUUACAUUUUUUUUUUAUUUCCAGAGAUCGCUCUCUUCUUUUGCCGAAAAUACGAGUAAAUCUCGAAGUGGAGCCUUUGAAAGUGAACAAUCUUUCUACGAAAAUGCCUCGGAAGUGGUGGAGAAUCAAAAAAAUCGAAGUGAAAAUUCCGCACAGUGCGACAAAUCGCAGUUCAGCAUGGAUACCAAAGAAAUUGCUCAAAUUUGUUGUGUUACCAUUGCCGAACCAUCGAAUCACUUCCAAAACAGUGAUCACAGAGCCUCUGGAGAUCAUUUCGUCAGCAGUGAUGAACGGAAAGACGAGAGAAAUGGGGGAAAUGAGGAGCUUUUUCAGGACGUACAAGAAGGAGAAAAGAGCUUUGUUUUGGAAAAUAAAGUGAAUUCCGUGAACAAAAAUGAAGUCCCACAAUACAAUGGAGGUACGUAGAGUGUUUCGGAGAGGUUUGGCGAUUUUUUUCCGGAAAUUUUUGGAAAAUUGCCGGAGGCAUUUUUUGAAAAUUUUGGGGAUUUCUUGUGAUUAAAGGCUAGAAAUGGUAUUUUGGGGGUUGUUGAAGGUAUUUGAGGCAAAAAGAAGGGGAGAUUUCGCGAUUUUGAGGAAAUUUUUAUAUUACUUUAGGUAAGAAUUUGACGAUUUUGGGGUUUUUUCUUGGAUUGCUUGUGAUUGGAAGCUGGAAAAUGAUAUUUGUGGGUUGUUGAAGAAAUUUGAGGCGAAAAUAGAGGAUGAUUUUGCCAUUUUGAGGAACUUUUUAUAUUACUUUAGAUAAAAAAAUUGAUGAUUUUGGGGAAAUCGUUGAGUUUCAGGGGAAUUUUAUAGAAGAGAAAAUUGAUUUAUGAGGAAUUUGAGAGCUAUUGAGUAAAAAAUUGGAUUUAGUUUUGAAAUUUUGAAAAAUUUUUAUAUUACUUUAGGUAAAAAUUUGAUGGUUUUUGGACUAGUUUUAUAGGCUAGAGGGCUGAAAUUUCUUAAUUAGUUGUUUUUAUCCUGAUUUUACAAUUUUGAUUUAUUUUUAAUUGAUUUUUAAAUUUCAGAAAUCAGUUUUGAGUCGGACCACACUCCCGACUUGGAACUUUCCCAAAGCAGCUGCUCGGAAUUCCACUCGGAAGCCAAGGAAAUUCUCUACAAGACCGCUGAUACCGGCUUGGAAGAGCGGAAUGAAAGCAAAGAAGAAGAAAAAGCAGAAAAAGAAGACGAUGAAAUACCCCAAAAAGAAGUGGAUGAUUAUGUCAGAGAAGCUGAACACUUCCUGAAACAUGGCUUUGUGAAGACGGAAGAGGAUCCAUAUGAAAAAAUCAAAAAGCAGAUUGAAGAAAAGAAGGUGGAAAAAGAAGAAAAGAAGGAAGAAAAAGUAGAACAAAAAGUGGAAAAGAAGAAUGAAAAGAAGCCGGAAGAAGAGAAAAAAGAAGAAAAGAAGCAAGAAAAAACAGUUGAGAAGCCUGUGGAAGUAAGUAUCGUCAAAAAAAUUGGGGGUUUUUGGGGGUUUUCAUCAAAAAUUACCUUAUUUUAGCUAAAAUAAGGUCGAUUUUUGGGAAAAAGAUGGGAUAGAGGAAAUUUUAGUGGGUAAAAUGAAUAAGUAAAGUAGUAUGAGGACAUUUAGAGGCUGUCAUACCAUAUUGGACCAAAAAAUCUCGAAAUUUUUUGAAUUUCCCGCCAUUUUUGGCAUUGUGUUUUAGACUUCUAAAAUGCGUAAAACGAACGUAUAAUUGCGAAACUAGCAUUUACAAUUUAUUUUCAAGCGAUUUUUAUUAUGUAAUGGAUGAAUUUUGAGGUCUUAUUAUAUUAUACAUGAUGAUUUUUUUCGAUUUUUGAAAAUCCCGAUUUUAGAAGCCAGUUCAGGCUGAAUCCAAAUCCCCAGAGCGAUCGUCGCAGUCAUCGAAGGUCGAAGCUGCCACAACAGCCACUAAAAUCGCCCCGAAGCCAAGCCUUCGCCCCACAAUUUCGUUUAAUGCGAUCCAACUGGCCAUGUUCGGAAAGGAAUUCAAGCCUCAAGUGGUGAGUUUGGGGUUUUUAUUAGAGGUGAAAAGAGGUGCCACGGGUAGAAUGAGAUGAAAUUUGGAAAGGAAGGGAGUAAUUAUGGAAAUUUAUAGCGGUUUUUUAUAUUAAACUAGAGGUCGGAUGUUGGUUUAGUCGAUUUGAAGGGCAAGAAUUGGGGUUGUAUCGCAUCUUUUGCAUUGGAAAGGCGUAUACUGAGGAUUUAUAGCUAUGAGAAGAGUUUGAGCUUGAUUUUUGUAGCAGAAAACUUUUUUAUAUUACACUGGGCAUCUGAUAUUAUUUUGGUAAUUUUUGUGUUUAAAUCAUGUUUGAUCUCCCAGUGUUUGCUCUAGAAAGUAAUAAUAAGCCAUAAAAAGCCGUUUGAUGCCUAGCUCGGGUGUACAGAUGUGACUCAAAAAAUUUUAGACGUCGUUUUAUAUUACACUAGACAUCUGAUAUAGUUUUAGUUAUUUUUGGUGUCUAAGACAUGUUGAAUCCCUCACUUUUAGCCCCCAAAUCACGUACGCAUCAAGAUUGUGCGCGUGCAAAAAGAAGCAACCUCGAAGAACCUGAAAACCAUCGAAGAACAUUACAUUCCGCUCAUGGACCCCCUAACAGUAACUCAAGUGGCCGUGGUGCUGCGCAACUUUUACAAAUGGGCCGGAUACCCGCAAAUCAAGGAAGACAAGAACCAAUGGCGAACCAUGGGACCGAAUGAUGUGGUCACAGCUGACAAUGUGUACCGCUACUACGCACUUUUUCAGUAA